AGCGAGGAUAGGUCGUAGCAAUGGCUAGUGGCAAUCUCCGCGAUGAAGACAAGAUAGACGACGAAAAUGAAGUUGACAAUGCAUCGGAUCUUCAGAUGUAUCGCAUUCAUUCGAUCGAAUCAACGCUUGUGAUUCGUCAGUUACCUUCUCAAGGCAUCUCCUUCAAGCUCUGGCUUCCUGCCACAGCUCUCGUCGCGCUUCUCGAUAGCUACCGUCGUGAUCCAACCAACAGCCCCCUCACUCGCACACUCUCGAGUUUCACGUGCACCAGCUCAGAUUCUCCACGGCUCAACAUCGUCGAGCUCGGAUCGGGAACAGGGAUCGCCGGAAUCGCGGCGGCUGCAUAA